AUGAAUCAGUUCGUAGUUAUCUUCGCCUUGGUGGCCCUUACCAUUGGUGCGCCCACUCCCGAAGAAUUGAAGCGGUCAUUACCCGCUGUUGAACAUAAAGACGAGCGCGACGACUCCGGCUACAAAAUCCGCUACGUUACUGCGGAAGGCACCAUAGUAUCCGAAAAUGGUCGUUUAGUGCCCACCGCUGACGGGAAAGACAAAGUGCUUGAGACUGAUGGGGAAGUGACCUACACGGGACCUGAUGGCAAGAGCUACGUCACUAAGUGGAAGGCUGGCGUUGAAGGUGUGAAGGUCGAAGGUGACCAUUUGCCCGUUGCCCCGGAGGUACCCGCCAUUCCCGAAGUUCCCGCCGUUCCAGAAGUUCCCGCUGUACCAGUAGUGGAAUCCGUGAAGAUUAUUGAGCCUUCACCUCCAGUGGUUGCUGGUGCGCCCUUUUUCAUUCAAGCGCCUGUGUUACCUAUUCUGCCACAGUCUGAAGUGGUUGUACUAUCUUAUUAAGUUAAUGAAUAAUCCAUAAAAAGUUUAUUUGAAAUCUACAUGUUUUAUUUUUUACAUGCACUCUUUUAGAUUUUUUGUUUAUCACAAGUUAUCUUCAUUUAAAGAAGAAAAGGGUUAGCCUCUUGCAAUCAUAAUAUAAUUGUAAUCCAAAUAGGAAUAAUUAUGUUUUACUAACGACUCGAGUGCUUAGAGCACUAUUCAAUUCCUACUCGAUGGUCGAAAUCAACCAAUCUUAUUGCUGUGGUCGGUUCGCAAUGC